CAUAAAUAAAACAUGGAGAACCAAACCACAGUGCCUUACUUUCUGCUUCUGGAAUUCUCAAAAAAUCGGCAUCUGCAGCUUUUACAUUUCUUUUUCUUCUUUGUGUUAUAUCUGGCAACUGUAACCACCAAUCUUCUUAUCAUCACUGCAAUAGCUUUUGACCAUCGACUACACAGCCCCAUGUACUUCUUUCUCAUGAAUUUAGCUCUGCAGGACAUUGGCAUUGUUUCAGUCAUUGUCCCCAAAUCCAUGAUAAAUUCUCUCAUGGACACCAGACACAUCUCUUACUUUGGUUGUGUUACUCAAAACUGCCUCUUUCUCUCCUUUGAAGUUUCUGAUUUCUCCCUCCUGACAGUCAUGGCAUAUGAUCGGUAUGUUGCCAUUUGCCACCCACUGCACUAUGAGAUGGUGAUGAAUUGGAAAUACUGUACUGAAAUAAUAAUUCUAGUGUGGGUUACAGGUCUCCUCUAUGGAAUGUUGCAUACCAUUAGCACUUUUUCCAUCCUUUUUUGUUCUAAUGUGGUCAACCAAUUCUUCUGUGAAGUUCCACAAUUGCUAAAACUAUCCUGCUCUGGAUUAAAUCUACUUGAGGUUGGAUUUCUUGUGGCCAGUAUCAUUGUUGUACUAGGUUGUUUUAUUUUUAUCAUUGUAUCUUAUGCAGUGAUCUUCAAGACAGUAUUAAGAAUCCCUUCUGAAAAAGGAAGACAAAAGGCCUUAUCUACUUGUAUUCCCCAUCUAACAGUCGUGUCUAUGUUAUUAUUAAAUGGAUGCAUUGCCUAUCUGAGACCUUCUUCUAACACUCCAUCUUACUUUGAUUUUGUUUUAACUGUUCUGUAUGCCCUCAUUCCACCCCUGUUCAAUCCAAUCAUCUAUAGCAUGAGAAAUAAGAAUAUCAAAUAUGUCCUUUCUCAAAUGUGGAGGUUUUGA